AAAUCUUUCAAUGAACAAGCAAGCAAGUACAUAGAUGUAUUUGCAAUCAUUGAUGAAAGGUGGAAAUGUCAACUUCAUCAUCCAUUGCAUGCUGCAGGCUACUACCUAAAUCCGAAGUAUUUUUAUAGCAGACCAGAAAUUGAGAAUGAUCCCAUAUUGGUGGGAGGUCUUCACUUAUGCAUCGAAACACUUAGUGAAAGUCAUCAAAUGAGUGACAUGACUACAACACAAUUGUCAGAAUAUAAGAUUGCUAAUGGUCUCUUUGGAUUGGGUGGAGCAAUAAGACAAAGGACAACAUUAGCUCCCGCUGAGUGGUGGAAGACUUAUGGAGCACAAACUCCACUUUUGCAAUUAUUGGCCAUUAAAGUGUUGAGUUUGACAUGCAGUUCUUCAGGAUGUGAGCGUAAUUGGAGUACUUUUGAGCAUAUUCAUUCCAAGAAGAGAAGUAGACUUGAGCAUAAGAGGUUGGAAGACUUGGUUUUCGUUAAGUAUAAUCAGGCUUUGAAAGAGCGAUAUGAUUGUCGUGAUGUGAUUGAUCCAAUCGUCUUGAAUGAUGAUGAUGAUUAUAUCAAUGAAUUUGAAGUGGGAGACUUGGGGGAUGAUGGUGAACCUGUUGAAGAAUUAGUUUAUGCUGGUGAUAAUCUAACUUGGACUGAUGUUGCCAAUGCAAGUGGGGCUAAUGAGCCGGUGGUCUACACUAGGCGGGCAGCAAAAGAAAAGGCAGCUGCAAGUGCAUCUAGGGCCAUAGCACAAGAAGCAAUAUCAAAAGAAGUGGUGGUAGAAGAAGAUGUUGAAGAAGUUGAACCUAUUUAUAUUGAAGAUGAUGAGGAUGAGGAGGAGGAGAAUGAAGAAUAUAUUGAAGUUGAUGGGGAAGAUGAGGAGGAAGAAGACUAUGUUGAAGAUGAUGAUGAUUUUUGAUUCCUAUAACAUGCAUUUUAGUUUUAAUAUUUUGUUAAUUUUAUUACUCUACUAUGUUGAAGAACAUGAUGAUAUUUGGUAUCUAAAUCUAUAUUUUGAUUAAGACUAUUUGGUAUCUAAAUGUAUGUUUUGAUUUAGACUGUGA